UCCAGUGGCAGAAAUAUGAGAGUCUGGAUCCUCCUCCUCGGGGCCCUCCUAGCUUUGGCGAGCCAGCUGCCUGCUGCCUUGGGCCGGAAGAAGGGAGAGAAAUCAGGGGGCUGCCCGCCAGAUGAUGGGCCCUGCCUCCUCUCAGUGCCCGACCAGUGCCUGGAAGACAGACAGUGUCCCUCAACCAUGAAGUGCUGCCGCCGAGCUUGCUUUCGCCAGUGCAUCCCCAGGGUCUCAGUAAAGCUGGGCAGCUGCCCCAAGGACCAAUUGCAAUGCCUCAGCCCCACGAAUCACCUAUGUCACAAGGACUCAGACUGCUCAGGCCAGAAGCGAUGCUGUCAUGGCGCCUGCGGUCGAGACUGCCGAGAUCCUGCCAGAGACUAACUCUGGUUUAGGAUCCACGGCUCUGCACCUCCUCCAAGCAGGAAGAGUUAACAGUGGGGAUCCCAGGACCCUGCCACCCAGACAGUACUAUUGCUGCCAGCCGCAGUUCCAACCUUCUGAUGAACACUUGAACACUGAUUUGCUGUCACUUCCCUGCAACCCAUCCACCCCUGCUUUCUCCUCCUGGGAGUCAUGGUCCACGGCCUGACCUCGGAGGAACUCCUGUUUGUCACCCCAGUGCCGUGUACCACUGCCACACUGAGCUUCCCACCCUUCCUAACACCCACAUUCACAUCUCUCCUGUCCAUGCUGUUUCCUCUGCCUCAACUGCCUAAUUCAGGCAGGCCUCUCUUUAUGGCGCCCUAACCCGCCCUCUGGUGGCCCAACCCCCAGCAGGUGUGUUCUAGCACAGUUCUCCAAACAUCAGUCCACUCACAUACCCUUUCACGAUUUUCACCAUACCUGCAAGAUAGCACCGUGAUAUGUUACAUGUGGUCUGCACUACUGUUGACUUAAUGUUUUCUGUA